AUGUCGAGGGGAAGCGACAAAAUUGCGCAGGUACGACUGAAGGGAGGAAGGGCAAGAGCAGCUGAUACCCUGCAGCUGGAAAACGCGCUGGAGAAGAAAGACCAGGAGAUCAACGUGCUCAGGCUGGCGACGAGGAGACUGGAGGACGAGCUGCAGACUCUGACACAGAGGCUGGAGGAGGAGCUGGCAGAACGGGACGCGAGCAUCGGGCGGCUGAAGAAGUCGUUGGAGGAUAGGAUGAGUGUCAUAGAAGGGACCACGUGGAGCGGGAGGCUGACGACGAAGUACUUAACCGUGUGCGAGCGACUGAGGGCAGAGCCGGACGUGGGAGUUCUGUUUGCUCUGAGCACAGGAUCGCGGACAAUCACGUCGGACAAGAUGACGGAGAACGGAUGUAUGCCGUUGGCCGAGGUGUUGAAGCCUCAGGUGAGGAAGGAGGAGGAGGAGGAGGAGGAAGAGGAGGAGGAAAUGACGACAAGGGAUGAAGGAGGAUGA